UUCACUCUGAGACGAGGAGGAAAGCAGCUAUGAGUUUAUCUGCAGCUGUGAGGGGAUUUGUGGCCAUUAUUCUCUCUAUUUCAGUGACACAGGGUCAGACGGACUGGGGGGUGAACUAUGGUCCACCUGAGAUCUGUGCCCUGAAAGGAUCCACAGUGGAGAUACGGAGCACCUUCACAUAUCCUCUCAGAAAGAAUGGACUGAAUACGACAGUGGAGCAGAUGUUCUGGUACAAACAAGGCAAGAACAGUGAACCAGUGGAUCUGAGAACAGACUCGCAGUACGCAGGUCGUGUGCGUUAUGACUGUGGUGACAGGAAGUGUAUUCUGAGCAUCACAGACCUGACAAAGAGGGAUUCAGCUGAGUACAGGUUCAGGUUCAUCACAAACCAUCCAGGUGGGAGUUUUACUGGAAAACCAGGAGUCAAACUGUCUGUCACAGGUCUGAAGGUGCUCCAGAUAAAAACAACUCACUGCCUUCAAUAUUGUAAAUGGUCAGAGAUGGAGUGCAGCAGCAGUUGUGUCCCUCAACCUUCUUCCUACAUCUGGUACCAAAAUGGGAAGAAAAUUGACAACUCACAAAAAUUAUAUUCAGCAUAUUUUGAUUCUGUGGCCAGUGUUUCCUGUGCUCUGGAAGGCUAUGAGAGUUUUUCUUCUCCCACACUGUGUGUCUACAGUGGUUCAUGCACUGCAGUGACUUAUGCCAACAGAAGCAUCUGUGCCUUCAGAGGAUCAUCAGUGAGCAUUUCUUGCACAUACAGCAUCAGAGAUGGUGCUGAUGAGCCAGAAUUCUGGUUCCGUCAACGGGGGACGACCACACAGCCUGAAGACGUUCAGAGAGACCCUCGAUAUGCAGAUCGAGCUCUGCUCGAAGUCACAAAGACAGGACAAUCCACACUGACCAUCAGGAACUUGACAAAGAGAGAUUCAGGAGAAUAUCGCUUCAAAUUUGGAAAGAAGAGCGACGAGUGGACCAACAGUCUCCCAGGAACGACUCUGACAGUCACAGAUCCAGAUAUCAAGGUGCAGGUGAUCUGGUCUCCCGUUGGUCCAAAGCUGAUCUGUCACAGCAGCUGUUUACGCCCUGGCCCUUCUUCUUUUGUGUGGUACAAGAAUGGAGAGAGAAUCCACAGUGAAACAUCCUUCCUGUAUGGAGGAAUGGUCGAUGGAGCAGACAGACUCUCCUGUGCUUACGAAGGUUACCGCUCUGACCCAGUGUAUGCUCCCACAGUUCCCAAAGUGUUGAUGAGUAACUCUGGUGACGUUAUGAAGGACACUUCAAUCUCUCUGACGUGCAGCAGUGACGCUAAUCCACCAGCUAAAUAUUUCUGGUAUAAGAAGAAGCAAACGCUGGUUCAUGAGGAGGAGCUCCUCUUCAGCUCCAUCCAGCCGUCUGACACUGGAGACUAUCACUGUGAAGCUGAGAAUGAUCUGGGAAGCGUGAAGUCCACAUCUGUCUUCAUCAGUUCACGGUUGAGCCCCAGCUCCUAG